AUGGAUAUCACCAUCCAGCACCCCUGGUUCCGGCGGCCUCUGGGAUCCAGCUACUCCCCCCGCCUGUUCGACCAGUAUUUUGGGGAGGGCAUGUUCGAGUACGACUUCCCAUCCUACGCCACCACUACCAUCAGCCCUUACUACAGGCACUCUCUCUUCCGCAACCUUCUGGAAUCUUCCAACUCUGGCACCUCUGAGGUGAGGUCUGACAGGGACAAGUUCACAGUCUACCUGGACGUCAAGCACUUCUCGCCUGACGAAAUCAGCGUCAAGGUCGUGGACGACUACAUCGAGAUCCAGGGGAAGCACGGAGAGAGACAGGACGACCACGGCUUCGUCGCGCGCGAGUUCCUGCGCCGGUACCGCCUGCCCACCAGCGUGGACCAGUCGGGGGUCACCAGCACGCUGUCCUCCAACGGCACGCUGACCAUCUGCGGGCCGAAGGCCACCUCGGGGCCCGAGGGAACCCGCGGGGACCGCAGCAUCCCGGUCCUCCGCGACGAAAAGACCAGCUCCGCCCCCACUUCUUAG